CAACAUUUCAAAUUUCAAUUUCAACUUUUUUUACGUUUGUUUGUUAUCUUCGUGUUCUAACGUAGUUUCAUUGUUCUAACGUAGUUUCAUGGUAGUUUGAACUUCAGAAGAGAAGAUUAUGUUGCAUUCAGAGUUUUGCCGGAAUUUCAUUUUCUAUGAUAAAUUGGAGUUAGACAUUUAGUAUUCUUUAUGGUGUGUGAAGAAUUUGUUGUGUGUCUAAGAAGUUCUAGCUGGUGCUAGUUUUUAGCCAGCAAGUUGUACUAAAGAUGGCUGACUCCUGGGACCUACCCUUUAAUCCCGAUGAAAUUUACACAGUGGAGAUCCUAAACGACACAGAAAUACUAACAGACCUUACUCUGUGUUUGUUUAUCCAAGGACAGGGGAACCCUGAUGAGAUGGAAUUUGAAGAAUCGAAUUCGGGUUCGAAUCUUGAUGUGGUUCUCCAACAUGGAUCUCCAACAAUGAUAUCUGAAAAUGUUGACGGUUAUGAGGAGGAUUUUAUCGCUGACUUUGAUAGUUACCAACCUGUUAAUAUACCAGAUUUUGAUUCCAAUGUGGAACACGUAGUACCAGAAUAACAGUGAAAAUGAUGAAGGAACCCUUCAAAUGGAUGGCUUUGGCCAAGAGCAACGUGCGAAAGCUGGAUUGUAUGAUGAAGCUAUAGCGGCCAACAAAGAGUAUUGUGCUGUGUUGAUAAAGUUCCUAGAAGAACUUAACGAGAGAAAAUCGCUGUUAGAAAAACGACAUCGCUUAUUGAAAGAAGAGAUUUGGCGUCUGAAAACAAAUGCUGGGGAAAAGACAAGAAAGAGAGAUGUCAUGAAACGACUGAGCUUUUCUAAUUUUGGAUAUCCUUAUUUUAAGGAUAAGGAUGGUAAACCUCUACCAGUAUACGAAGAAGCUCUACGUUUGAACAAAAUUCUUCGUUUUGAGCCAUCUUUCUACACCCCUAAGCCGAAAAUGCUUCCAAAACAAGAAGAAAAAUUGAACGAAGUCCUCUUGAGGCAUUUAAUACGAAUCGCCUUAAACAAACUGACGAGUGAAAGAGAGAACGUGAAGAUUAUUUUGACGGAGAAGGCGGCUAAAGGGUCCCCGCACAAAACUUUGUCAAACAAACUUGAAAGUUUUGAUAAACAGAUCAAAGAAGUUAAUGUGAACCCAAAAAAAUGGUUUAAAGAUCCAGCUGUGUUUAAUCUAAUCGACUGGAAGGAGAUCGCCUCGGAGAUGUUCCCACAUCAAAUUGGCUACGAUGGAGUGUUCGUUAGGAGAUGGUGGAUGGUGAAACUAGAUCCUAGCUUCGAGAGGGGUCAGCUUACGGCCAAGGAAAUCGAUUGUUUGAAGAAAAUUACUAAAGACUAUCCUGAAGAUCAAUAUAUGGACUUUCAAGCCAUAGCGACACAAAUAUCUACGGAAACAAAAGUAAGAAAACGACAUGUUUUUCAACUUUUCAAAUAUUACCAGACGAGGUUGAACGAAAAAAACCGCCAAUUUCGUUGGACUAAGGCGGAAGAGGAACGUUUGUGUGUUCUCCAGAAGGAAAUGGAUCCCAACAUACUCAGACAAGAAAAGUGUAAAAGGCUUCGCUCGGCUUUUCCUGGGAGGUCUGUCUCUCAAAUGGAGGCAAAACUUCGCAGACUUUCCCCAACACCUGCCAAGUCACCGUCCAGAUGUCUUCCCGCUGCAAUCAAAUCAGUUGUAACCCCGUCGAAAACACCACGUUGGCGUCCGAAAAAGCCCGAAAAGUCAGCUUUGCAUCUGAAGAUCGCCAAGUUGUGCUCUCUCUACAAAUCCAUCCAUCGAGGAAACCGCCGUAAAACAUCGCUCCCAGGCGACGGACGUCGUAAUGGAUUGAUAUUAAGUGCCAUCCAACGACUGUUGCCAUUGAAAACCGAUCAAGGGAAAAUCCCCCGCGAGGCCAGCGAAUUGGUGGCAGCUGGAGUUGCCGAGAAGGAUCUUGGAGCUGUUGAGGUAAUGCUCAGUAUUCCGGAGUCCAAUCUUAAUUCGAAGAUCAGUUUUCCGCCCAAUUUGGCCUAUCUUACUGGUUUAAGAGGACUAAUGCUGAGUCUAGAGGGCACAAGUCAGUCUGUCGAAGUUGAAAUUGAACAAGGAAUCUCUGAGACGGAAGUGAACGAAAAAUGCUGCUUGGGAGAUCCAGUUGAGUAUCAAAAACUGCUGUUUGCACUUGAUAAGUGCUUUGGAUCAUGGGCCAGACCGUUUUUUUUAUAUCGAGGCUCCUGUUGAUGAAAGGAAGUGAAUGGACCAAGAAUAGAUUCUAAGGCUUUGACUAAGUCUGGUCAAAUAGCAGCCCGCGAAGGACGCGACUCGUAUUUUGAAUGAAUUUUCGUAUGUAUUUACGUCUGUAAAUUUGUUUCUUUUUCAAAAUUCUUGAAACUGAUAACUGUUUUCAUAAUUUUAGAAACCCUUGUCUAGUACAUGGUAAAAAUUGAUUUCUUAAACAUAAAAAUUUUAUUUUUUUACAUUCUAGUUUUAUCUUAUUAGGUACUUUAAUACUUCACUUAUACAAAGGUCUUCUUGAAUAGCCUACUCGAUAAAAUCAUAGGCCUAUUAAACUAGAUUUUAUCCCCGCA